CAGUGGGUAACACUGGGUGGCUGGGUGCUGUUUUAAAAGCCAAUAUCUGUGGACAAUUAAAAAUUCCUUUCUUGAUUUUUUUGGUAUUUUUAUGGUUCCGUGUUGUGUCGCCAAAUAAAUAACUUGCAAGUGUUUUAUUUCCGUAAAGCAGUGUAAUUUUAAGUAAAAUAUACAAAAAUGGCAGCAUCUGAGGUUGCAGAUUUGGAUCUCACAAUAGAUGACUUAGUGCCAAAAAGUCCUGAAAAGUUGGCAGAAGAAAAAAAAGAAAACGGAAACCAUUUAUACAAAUUCAAAAAUUACAAAGGAGCUCUAGCUAUGUAUGAAGAGUCUAUAAAACUGUGUCCAGAGAAUGCCUCGUACUAUGGAAACAGAUCAGCUUGUUACAUGAUGCUUGGCAUGUAUAAGAAAGCUGUUGAAGAUGCUCAGAAAGCAGUUGCACUUGAUGCUACAUUCACAAAAGGGUAUAUCAGAAUGGCAAAGUGUUGUAUUGCAUUAGGUGAUUUAUCAGGUGCAGAACAAGCUAUAACCCAUGCCACGGAAUUAGGUGGUGCUGAAUGUGCAUUGAAUGAGAAGCGUGCUCUUGAAUCACUUCGAAGAUUACAUGAAGAUGCCCAAAAUGCUAUGGAAGCUAAUGAUUACAGACGUGUUGUGUUCUGUAUGGACCGCUGUCUUGAAUAUAGUCCAUCUAGUUCUAGAGCAAAGCUUAUAAAAGCAGAGUGCCUAGCAAUGCUUGGCAGAUGUCAAGAAGCUCAAGAAAUUGCAAAUGAUUCCUUAAGAUUUGAUAGUUUUGAUACAGAAGCCAUUUAUGUUCGUGGACUAUGCCUUUACUUUGAGGAUAAAGAUGAACAAGCAUUCAAACAUUUCCAACAAGUACUGAGACUAGCCCCUGAUCACAGAAAGGCAAUUGAAACCUACAAAAAAGCAAAGCUCUUAAAACAGAAGAAAGAAGAAGGAAAUGAAGCAUUCAAAAUGGGUCAAUGGCCCCAAGCAUUACAAUUAUAUAACGAAGCACUCACUAUUGACAAAAACAAUCGUAAAGUUAAUGCUAAACUCUACUUUAACAAGGCGACAGUGUGUGCAAAGCUUAACCAGACAAAGGAAGCUGCAGAUGCUUGCACAUCUGCUCUUGAAUUAGAUGAAAACUAUGUCAAAGCGUUAUUACGUCGCGCUAAAUGUUACACAGAACUAGGAGAAUUUGAGGAAGCAGUGAAGGAUUAUGAAAGAUUGUACAAAAUCGAUAAAACAAAGGAAAACAAGCAGUUGUUGCAUGAAGCAAAGAUUGCGCUUAAAAAAUCAAAACGCAAGGACUAUUACAAAAUUCUUGGCAUUGAAAAGACGGCAUCUGAUGAUGAUAUUAAAAAAGCGUACAGAAAACGCGCCUUAGUUCACCAUCCAGAUAGACACGCGAACGCAUCGGAUAAUGAACGCCGUGAACAGGAAAAGAGAUUCAAAGAAGUGGGCGAAGCUUAUGGCGUUCUCAGUGACCCAAAGAAACGAGCCAGAUAUGACCAUGGACAGGAUUUGGAUGAUGACGGAUCAGGCGUUGGAGAUCUUGACCCGAAUGUUGUGUACCAAACGUUCUUCCGUGGUGGAGUGGAUCCUCAAUUCAAUUUUUCUCAUGGAGGCUUCCCCGGACAUGGAUUCAGUUUCCAGUUUGGUUAAAAUCUCACCUUCCUUUCAUUCCAAUAUAAUCGGCAAAUAUUACUUUAAAACUAAAAAAAUAGUCAUGUUAGAAUGUUUUUAGUAUAGAAAAAGGAAUUCAUUAAAACCUUGCAAACAUUAUCACAUAGAUUAAAGAAGUACUAUCUGUGGCAAUAAUUUAUAGAAAAGUUUAAAGUGCACACUUUUGCAUGUGAUUAUCUUAUUGUAAUCAACUGAUUAAAACACAAUGUUUUAUAUAAAUCUUACUUACAAAAUUAAGUAAUAUUUCAUAAUAAAUCAUAUGUUUUGAUGUUUUCAAUGAUGCUUCGGUCUCUUAUGAUUAUAUUUUAAAUGAACAAUAAAAACAUUUAGGACCAGAUUAAAUCUUCACUGAAAAUUCUUUUAAUAUUAAACAAUUUUUUUUUAGAAGUGGACUGAUUAUGUGAUAUUGUUUUUCUUGACUGCCAUUAUCAUCUGUU